GUUUUGUAGUGUACACUUUGGCUCCGUUGUUGCUUUGUAAUUUGACCUGUGAUCCCAACAACUGUAGUAAAGCUCAACGAAAUGUCAAGUCACAGGUAAAUCCUAAGUAUUUGUAGUAUUUCCUUGGGUUAUUAUUAUUGCAAGGAAUAACUUUUUAAUAAUUAGUCAUUUCUGUUUUUAGUGCUUCAUGUUCAAGUGACAUUUCAGUCGACCUAACCGAUGCCUUUCGAAGUAUGAUACUGAACAAGCGUUUCGUGUUGUGGGAUGAUUUUGAAAGCGCCUUAAAAGAGUUCCAAAAAACUACUUAUACUCGUUACAUCCACACAGAAAGCAGAUUGCUGAAGGAUGUCAGGUUCAAAUACCUGUUUGUAUCAUUUAAUUGUACGUUUGGUCAUAAGAGGAAAUCGGAAGGUUUGAAAGUGAGGCAAAAAUCGUCUAAAUUCCGUAAUUGUCGAUCUAAAUUUCGUGUAAGACUAGAGGAGCAAGGAUAUGUCAUCAAAUCCUACAACAUGCUCCACAAUCAUCCAUGUAGUAGUUCAUGGAUGGUAUGUGAUCCAUUGACAAGGAGAUUAUCGUCAGAAGAAAAAGAGAACUUGAAGCCCGUAAUACUUCACUGUGAGUCAGCAGAUGAAGUUAUCGAAAGCAUUAAGGAGAGAACUGGUAAGCAAGCAACUGCUGCCGAUGUCAAAGGUAUGAAAGCUACACUCUCCACUGGUAAUGGAUAUGCUUAGACAGAAAGGCGGAGUGAAGGAACAUUUAGAAAAUGGAUAUGCCACUAGAAUAUGAUGUGUCAAUAUCCCUGCCGUCACAUGCUACUUGCCUACGUUAAAAGACGAAAUCUUACAGGUAAGCUAUAUCAAUUAUGAAAUACUAACUGCAUAGCUCAUCAACUUCUUAGGUAUUGUAGCAGAUGGAAGUUACAUAAUACCCAGAACUUCCAAAAUAAUGCAUUAACUGCAUUACCACGACGGAGUGAAGUGUAUAUAAGUAUUCAACGAAGCCAAAGAAUCCAUAAGCAUCGCAUCAUUGAGAAAUAUGGUGAACGUUUCGCAACGGAAGUUGAGAACAAAGUGGACAAUUAUUACUUAAGAAUUCUUAAUACCAACUUGUAAACUUGAUUUUCUGCUUUAGCAGCAAUGAUUAUUCAAUAAACUGUCAUAAUUUUAA